GCAAAAAAGUGAUCGCUAAAAGAUAUGUUGCGAUUGACCACGAAACUAUGUUUCAUGCUAGCGUUGAUCUAGUCACAGUAAACAACCUCCCCUAUAGUUGUUUCGAAUGGCCUGCUUUCCGGAAGGUUUGGGGUGCGUGUUGUGAUGCACUAGGCAUAGUUAUAAAUCGCGAGAACAUUAAAACACACGUCCGAGCGGUUGUGUCACGUGUAGUGGAUAGUCUCGCCAACGAAAUGCGCGAGAAACUUAUAUGUUUGAAGGUGGAUUCCGCUGUACGUUAUAACAGGCAUGUACUAGGAGUGAAUGCCCAAUACGAGCUGGACGGUAUAAUGGUGUGUCGUACCUUGGCAAUGCUAGAAGUCAACGAAAGCCAGACCGCCAAAUUCAUUAAAAACAGAAUCCUAGAUGUGUUAAAACGCUACAAAUUAAAGUUGGAACAGAUUUUUCGAUUACAACCGACAAUGGCGCAAAUAUGCUAG